GGAGGUGGUGGAUGUAGCUGCUGGAGGGGCCCAUAGUGCCUGCAUCACGGCCAGCGGAGAGCUCUACACCUGGGGCAAGGGACGCUACGGACGCCUGGGGCAUGGAGAUUCUGAGGACCAACUCAAACCCAAACUGGUGGAUGCUCUGCAGGGCCACAGGGUGAUAGAUGUGGCGUGUGGUAGUGGUGACGCCCAGACUCUUUGUCUGACUGACGAUGACAUGGUCUGGUCCUGGGGCGAUGGAGACUAUGGCAAGCUUGGGCGGGGCGGCAGCGACGGCUGCAAGGUCCCCAUGAAGAUUGAUUCUCUGACUGGACUGGGAGUGGUGAAGGUUGACUGUGGCUCCCAGUUCUCUGUCUCUCUCACCAAGUCUGGAGCAGUUUACACCUGGGGUAAAGGUGACUACCACCGGCUGGGUCACGGUUCUGAUGACCAUGUACGGCGACCCAGACAGGUCCAGGGCCUGCAGGGGAAGAAGGUCAUUGCCAUAGCAACGGGGUCACUCCACUGUGUCUGCUGCACUGAGGAUGGAGAAGUGUACACGUGGGGUGAUAAUGACGAGGGCCAGCUGGGAGACGGGACCACUAACGCCAUCCAGAGGCCUCGUCUUGUCGCUGCGUUGCAGGGGAAGAAGAUCAACAGGGUGGCUUGUGGCUCUGCCCACACACUGGCCUGGUCCACCUCCAAACCUUCCAAUGGAGGGAAACUUCCUGGUCAGGUGCCCAUGGAAUACAACCACCUCCAGGAGAUUCCCAUCAUGUCUCUGAGGAACAGACUGUUACUGCUGCACCACAUAUCGGAGCUCUUCUGUCCCUGUAUCCCCAUGUUUGAUCUGGAGGGCCGGCUGGGGCAGACCGCACACGGACCUGCCCUAGGGUUUAACACACUACGGGGCAUACUCAUCUCACAGGGCAAGGAAGCAGCGUUCCGGAAGGUAGUCCAGGCCACCAUGGUGAGAGACAGACAGCAUGGACCUGUAGUGGAACUCAACAGAAUACAGGUAGGAAUCUGACUAUUUGGAAAACCU